CUCACAAUCCGCCGCCUACAAUCCAUCAAAUCCAACAACGCACAACAACCAAGCCAUCCAACACACCGGCUGAACCAGAACUUAACCUCAAGUUCCAACCACAACAAAUCUCCACAAUGGUCAAUCUCAACAUCUUCAACUGGUACGCCCGCGCCAACGAGGCUAUCGCCGCCCUCCCAUACGCCAUCGACGCCCUCCUCACACGGGACAACGGCCUCGCAUCCUUCGACCCAUCCACGCGAGUCCUGCCCUACACCGACCGGGAAUGGGACUUCCACCACCCCACCCCCGGCAAGCUCCACGACUUCAACGACCAAGAAUACACCGUCUGGUAUGACUACGACACCAAGCUGGACCCCUACCUCUCGCGCAUCACCCGAAGCCUCUACCUCACCUUCGACGAAAACAUCAUGGACUACGACUCCAUCUUCAACUUCUCAUUCCCCACCACCAGCCCCAUCUUCCCCGGAACCAUCAUCCUCCCCCGCACAAACCUCGACGUCGCCAAACUCCUCAUGUUUGAGGACUUCCUCGCCGUCCACAGCGUCACCCGCGGCCGCUUCAUGCCCUACACAUCCGACCGUGCCUUCGAGAAGCCCAGUGUCCCCAUCACGACCAAGAAACGUCUUGGCGAGCUGGUAGAGGGGAAUCUUGCGAUGGCGGACUUGACGGCGGCGGGAGUGAGGACUAGCAUUCGGCUCGGGUUGAGAGAGUCGAAGUUGAGUGAGGUGGAGCAGGCGUGGAUGGAGGAGGAGACGCUGGAGGAGGCGGAGGAGAGGUUCAGGGAGGUCAAGAAGGCGGUGUAUGCUAGAUGGAAGGCCGCCAGGGCGGAGGUCGAGGCGAGGGAGAAGGUGGUGGACGAGAUUGAGACGGGUAGUCCGACCUCCCAAGUGGGGGUUGAGGAUCCGGCGAUUCAGUAGGCGGGAAAUCGCUUCGGGGUUUUUUUGUUUUUUCUGUAGAG